AUGGAUCUGUGCGGGACAUCGGGGAUCGUCUGCGGGGAUGAGGAGGAGGCUGUGGCAGCGUAUGUGCGGGAGAUCCAGAUCAGUCACACAAUCUCAGCGCAGCUUAGAGUGGGGAACUUUGAAUCGGACUGCGCAACACAGACAGACAUCACAGAAAUCUGGGAAUUGAAUGAGCUGAGAAAUUUGAUACAAACGCUGACACAGUCUCUUGGAACAGUGAAGAAAGAAGUUGUAGUCCAGAAGACUCUUUUGCAAGGAGAAUAUGAACAGAAGAUUCAAGCUCAUGCUUUGGAACUUUAUAAUCGUAUGAAUGAUACCAUAAGCGAUGUGGAGACCGUUCAUAAAAAGAAAUUAUUCACCCUCAGAAAAAGUUACCAGCAGCAGCUGACGAACGCUCUCGCUGUAAUAAGAUCAAGCUAUGAGAAUCAUUAUAAUGGGAUCUCAGGAACACAGAAAAGCCACGAAAUGCAUGAAGCUGAUUCUGCAAAAAUCCAAACAUUGCGAAGAAAGCUUGAUGAAAAAGAUCUACUUAUUCAGUCACUGGAAGCACAGAUAUUACAGAUGGAGGAGAUGGAACAGCCUAAACAGAUCGUUUACCAAUCAGAAGAUGACCCGGAGAAAGAGCGGCUGCUGGAAGAAAACAAGGAGAUGAGGGGAGAGAUGGAUGCGCUGCAGGACAGGGUCCUCCAGCUGGAGCUGGUUCUGAAGCAGAAAGAGAAAUGCAUCCACUUAUUAGAUCAGGAUGUGGGCGCCAUGAAAAUGAGAAUGGAAGAGGACCAAAGAACCAUUGAGAAGCUGUCUGUUACUCAGCAGCAGCUGAAACUUGAGUUGGAGAAUGAAAAAUCUGCCGCCGCCACUUUGCUGCAUCAGCAAAAGGAAGAAAUGGAAAAUGUUCUGAAAUCAAAGCUGAAGGAAAAAGAAAAAGAGAAAGCCCGAAUACAGCAAGAACAAGAAGAAAUGCUGCAUGGAGAGCUUCAGAGACAGAAAGAACAGCUCAUAUUGGAAGCAGAGCAGGUUAAAACAUUGAAGGAGAAAGCUGAGAAGCUGAAGAGGAUAAAUGAGAAAGCCAGUACAGCAAAGUUGGACAUAGAGAAUAUGAAUGCAGAUAAGGAAAACCUUCAAGCCCAGAUUAAAAAACUUUUAUCUGUAAGAGAAGAAGAUCUGAAGACCAUAGACCGGUUACAGAGGGAGCUUGACAGACUCAAUAAAACAUGGGAGAAGAAGUUUGAAAUUCUCAAACAAAGCUUUCACGCUAUCAAAGAUGAGAUGUUUCUGAGACAAACUCUCCAUCGCCAGGCAAUGAACCUUCAUAAAGUGUCUGUCAGUUAUAUGACAGAUGGUACAUUGGGAUCCCUGCCUCCUGAUCUACCUGUACGGAAUAAUUUCUAUCCCCUUAGCUUACCUCUGCCCCAAAUAGGAGCAAAGCCACCUUCUGCUAUACAUAUGAAUUCUGUUGACAACGUAGACGCUUUUGAGCAGGACAAAUACGUGGAGAAUGAAUUGCAGGUGGUAUCAGACACUGAUGAGGACAUGGAAGGAGUUCCGCCUCUGCCGCCUCCACCUUCUGAAACGAUCAUGGACAACAGCGAGCAGGAAACAAAGUAUCGCUCUCUCUGCAAAGUCUAA